UACAUGCUGUCAAAUGGAGGCUCCUGGACCCUUCGUCUCAGUGGAGCUGCCGUCCAGAUACAGAUCAUGAGUGGUGGGUACGAUCUCAACCUCUUUGCCAGCCCUCCUGACUGCAACUUCCUGUGUUCCGUCUGCCAUGGGGUUCUCAAGAGGCCAAUGAGGUUGCCAUGCAGUCACAUCUUCUGCAAGAAGUGCAUCUUCCAGUGGCUAGCCAGACAAAACACCUGUCCAUGCUGUAGAAAAGAGGUGAAAAGGAGAAAGAUGGUCCAAGUGAAUAGACUCCGAAAAACCAUUGGCCGCCUACAUGUCAAGUGCAAGAACGCUGCAGCUGGCUGCUUGGUGACAUGUCCUCUGGCUCAUCGCAAGGGGCAUCAGAACUCAUGCCCCUUUGAGCUGAUGGCCUGCCCCAAUGAGGGUUGCACUGCACAGGUUCUGCGUGGGGUCCUAGAUGAACACCGCCAGCAUUGCCAGCAGAAUGGACAGCAGCGCUGCCCCUUAGGCUGUGGAGCCACUCUGGCUGCCUUGGAGAGUGAGCAACACAACUGCUACCGCGAGCUACGUAAUGCUUGGGUCCAACGCCAUGAGCGCAACCGGACCCUGCUGUUGAGCCUGCUGGGACAUGUACGCCGGGUGCACCGCACCACCAACCUCAUCCGCCGGCAGCUGGCACAGCUGAGCAACUUCCUGGAGGAUGAUACCCUGCUCCUGAAUACCCAGGUGCAAGAGAUUGAGGUUGCCCCGGAGACUGAGAUGUGGGGUGAGCAGGGCCAAGGUGUCUUAUAGAGGAGUUAAAUAAACGCUGAGCCCAGGCCAGGCCCACCUCAAGUCCUCGGUGCCUUCUAUGUGUUCUGUUUUCCUUGUCACCCCUGCAAACCUUCCAUAUCAGACACUGCCCUCUCUCCCCUAGAUUGUUCUCCCAGGCUUUUUUUCUUCUGAGACAGGGUUUCUCUGUAGCUAUGGCUGUGUGCCAAUACUGCCCCACCAUCUCCCAGACACUAAGUUCUUUCCCUGGUUGGAUCUACCACUGAGUAGUCCCCAUCCUGCAAACCUGUUCCCUUCUUCACUAACCCACCUUUUCUCUCCAUGGCUUUUCUGCACCUUCCUACUAGACUAAUAGCUUCCUGGCUGGUAAUACAAAUGACUCAAAACCCUAACAAAGAAUAGAAGUCAAAGAAA